AUGUACCGUAUCUCUGCCGCUCUUGCAAGAAACAAUGUACCCAAAUACUUCGCUAGAAACUAUGCCAAGGACAUUAAGUUUGGUCCUGAAGUGCGAAAACUUAUGCUCGAGGGAGUUGAUAUCCUUGCCGAUGCUGUUGCUGUAACUAUGGGUCCAAAAGGCCGUAAUGUUAUCCUAGAACAAAGCUGGGGUUCUCCUAAAAUCACCAAGGAUGGUGUAACUGUUGCCAAAGGUAUUGAAUUACAAGAUAAAUUCCAAAACAUUGGUGCUAAGCUUGUACAAGAUGUAGCAAAUAAUACCAAUGAUGAAGCUGGCGAUGGCACAACAACAGCUACUGUGUUAGCACGUGCUAUAGCUAAAGAAGGAUUUGAAUCAAUUAUUAAGGGUGCUAAUCCAAUUGAAAUUAGACGAGGUGUAAUGUUAGCUGUCGAUGAAGUUAAGGUUCAAUUAGGUAAUUUAUCAAAGAAAGUUCAGUCCGCAGAAGAGAUUGCACAAGUUGCCACAAUAUCUGCUAAUGGUGAUACUAGUAUUGGACAACUUAUUUCUUCAGCUAUGGAAAAAGUAGGAAAAGAUGGUGUGAUUACAGUCAAAGAUGGAAAAACCUUAGAAGAUGAAUUAGAAGUUAUUGAAGGUUUAAAAUUUGAUAGAGGGUACAUUUCUCCAUAUUUCAUUAACUCUGCUAAAGGUGCCAAAGUAGAAUUCCAAGAUGCUUUGGUGUUAUUCAGCGAGAAAAAAAUUUCAUCUGCUCAAUCAUUAAUUCCUGCUUUAGAAUUAGCUAAUGCACAACGUAAACCACUUGUUAUAGUUGCUGAAGACCUUGAUGGUGAAGUUAUUGGAAUGCUAGUUUUAAAUAGAUUGAAAAUCGGUCUAAAUGUUGCUGCAGUCAAAGCACCCGGAUUUGGAGAUAAUCGCAAAUCUACAUUGACUGAUAUGGCAAUUGCAACUGGAGGUGUUGUUUUCGGCCAAGAAGGUAAUGAACUGAAGAUUGAAGAUAUCAAAGCUGGUGAUUUUGGUGAAGUCAAAGAAGUGGUUAUCACCAAAGAUGACACUUUGCUGUUGAAAGGUAAUGGCAUACCAUCUGACAUUGAACAAAGAGCUGAACAAAUUAGAGAUCAAAUCAAGGAUACUUCAUCUGAAUAUGAAAAAGAAAAACUGCAAGAACGUCUUGCAAGGUUAGCAUCUGGUGUUGCUGUAUUGAAAAUUGGCGGUAGUAGUGAAGUUGAAGUCAAUGAGAAAAAAGACCGUGUUACUGACGCGCUAAAUGCCACCCGUGCAGCUGUUGAAGAAGGUAUUGUUCCCGGAGGUGGUACUGCAUUAAUCCGUUGUGGGCCUGGAUUAAAUGCAAUCAAAGUAGCCAAUAAAGACCAGAAAAUUGGUAUUGAUAUUGUGCGUAAAGCAUUAACCAUGCCAUGUAUGACAAUUGCCCGAAAUGCUGGUGUUGACGCUGGUGUUGUAGUUGCUAAAGUGUCUGAAGGUAAAGAUGCUUUUGGAUAUGAUGCAAUGAACGACGAAUAUGUUAACAUGGUUGAAAAGGGAAUCAUCGAUCCAACCAAAGUUGUCAGAACAGCAAUAACUGAUGCUGCAGGUGUUGCAUCAUUAUUAACUACAGCAGAAGCAGUUAUCACUGAAUUACCAAAGAAGGACGAGCCAUUACCAGGAGGUGGUAUGGGAGGAAUGGGUGGAAUGGGCGGUAUGGGUGGAAUGGGUGGCAUGAUGUAA